ACAAAUGAAAACUUAUGCAUUAAGAUUUAAACAUAAAUAAAAUUAAUAGUAAAUAUCAAAUCCUAUUCCAAUUUAAUAAAAAGAUUAAUCCUAUUAUUUGUGUGUGAGAUAGAAGUUCCUCCACACAAGGAAUCUUCUUGUAUUUUUCCAAAGGUCUCAACUUGCAAUUUCCAUACAAAAUCAAAUUUCUAUAAUCAAUUAUUAAUAUACUUCAAAGUCAAAUUCAUCAUCGAUCAAUUUACUCUUUAACACUUCAAAAUUUCCCCAGGAAUUGUAUAAUUUUGAAGUUCUUUUGGGACCCAAUUGAUUCGGGAUUGAGGGAUAGUUGAUUGAUUGUUUGGUGGUUUGAACUUCGAAGAUUUUUGCUGCAAUCAACUCCUGUUCACAAUCGAAAAUGUUUAAGCGAUUGCUUGGAAAACCCAAACAAGAAACGAAUGCUCUAGAAACACUAGACAAGUUAAAUGAGACGCUUGAGAUGCUUGAGAAAAAGGAGAGCGUUUUAUUGAAGAAGGCUGCUGCUGAGGUUGGAAAAGCGAAGGAAUUCACUAGAGCAAAAAAUAAAAGGGCUGCAAUACAAUGUUUGAAAAGGAAAAGGCUCUAUGAACAGCAAGUCGAACAGCUUGGAAAUUUCCAAUUGCGUAUCCAUGAUCAGAUGAUACUGCUAGAAGGUGCAAAAGCCACAACAGAAACCGUUGACGCUUUGAGAACUGGAGCAGCUGCAAUGAAAGCCAUGCAGAAGGCAACGAAUAUUGACGAUGUUGACAAAACAAUGGAUGAAAUCAACGAGCAGACUGAGAACAUGAAGAUGAUUCAGGAAGCAUUAUCUACACCAAUUGGCUCAGCUGCUGAUAUCGAUGAUGAUGAGUUAGAGGCAGAACUGGAAGAACUGGAAGAAGCUGAGUUGGAAGAACAACUCCUUCAGCCUGCUACUACCGCCCCUUCUGCACCUAUUCAUGUGCCUGCUGGUAGGCAACAAGUGCGCCCUGCCGCACAGCAUAGCAAAACAGAAGAGGAUGAACUUGCUGCUUUGCAGGCUGAAAUGGCUCUUUGACGAGGUCAUUUUCUAGUUCUUUCUUGUGAGUAUUAUGGCUAAGUAUCUGGGACCAGGAACUCAUCGUCUGUAUGUUUGACAUAUGAGCUGAUUUUGAUAAAAUAUUUAGAUGCUAUUUUUCAUUGGCCGAUUAUGAUGAAACGUGAUAGACAUCUUUGUAAAGAACUUCUGGUGCUAUGUAAUUGCAUACUUCUGUGAAGAGCUUAUAGCUUUGUCCCAAUUGUUUGUGCGUCUUGGUUUUGAAGAGAUGGCCUUCUUAGUCCAGCCCCCUCUAAAGCGGGUGCUGUAAUCUGCUUCGUUAUCUAGUAUGCUUGCACCAGUUAUCAGUUCAAUUUGAUGUUGCUCGUAGAUUUUAUCCUUGUUUGAAGGAAAGAAUGUUCCAUGUAAAACCUAGCAUAAUAUGAAGUUGUGCGAUACAAACAUCUUUACGAGUUGUAGGCUAAACAAGAUCCAGUGAAAAUGUUCAAUUGUCCCUCACUUUCACAUCGCCUGGUGUCUAGAUAUGGAACGAGUGUCAUCAAAGCCAUUAGAUACCUUCUUGUUUGCUUGUUAUUUAGCUAGUUUGAUUCCUUACCUUCCCUCGGUUCUUCCUCAACACCCGGAAACACUCAUAACGGGGAGGGAUAAAGGAACCUUGACGACCACCUUUAGGGAAUAUAGAGUAGAAAGAACCAGAAGGGGAGAAGGGGGAGCCUUGGAAUAACUGGUAAAGUUGUUGCCAUGUGACCAGGAGGUCACGGGUUCAAGCCUUGGAAACAGCCUCCGACAGAAAGGCAAGGUAAGACUGCGUACAAUGUACCCUUGCGGUGGGCCCCUUCCCCGGACCCUGAGCGUAGCGGGAGCUUUAAUGCAACCGGGCUGCCCUUUUUUUAGAGUAGAAAGAACUGAUUGUGAAGUCUCCCCUUGAACGAUCAUCCUUUCUUCCUCCGACUUCUUUCUAGCUGCUCUUUCAAGAUGCCAACUGACACAUGGACAUGUACAUCUACAAAGUUAUGUAAAUACCACCAAACUCAAUAGUUAUUCUUCUUUUUCCAAUGAAUUUGCUACCCAUGAUGCUGCUGAAAUCGUGUUGUUUCAACUGAUCGACUUUGAAAGUUCCCCUGACUGUUUCGUUUGGUGUUGUGCAGUGACAAUCGCGGAACAAAGAAUGCCGUAAAGAUCAAAUGUGCUUUUUUAUUUUUUUCUGGGGGAUGAUUGUGUGAAUUCUCGACGUGCUGCAGUUGCAGCCUCAGCUUACAACUGUAUAGAUUGCAUGAGUUGUUUUAAUAUUUCUGUCAAAGUUGAAAUGUGGGGAGUUUUGCUUGCUACUUUUACAAGAAAUUUCUCUUCUAUCAACAUUGAAGUGCAUUUUUUUGUGAUCCAACUUGAAGUUGAAUGUACCUUCCUAAAACUUUUUAAGCGGCGUCCGAGUUAGUUCACUCA